AUGCGUGCUAGUUCCAUUGAUAUUCUUCCUAAUGCAAAAUGGUCACAGAAUGGUAUCACUGUUGUUGGAGGAAAUGGACAAAGUAGUGGAAUCAAUCAACUCUGGUACCCAUUGGCUUUGUACGUCGGUGACGAUCUAACCAUUUAUGUCGCUGAUCGGGGAAAUAAUCAUAUUGUAGAAUGGAAAUCUGGUGCAACAAAUGGAAAAGUAGUUGCUGAUGGAAAUAGAUCAUGGAAUGGAGCUCAUCGAUUAAAAUGGCCACGAGAUAUGAUUAUCGACAAAGAGAGCGAUAGUCUCAUCAUCUCCGAUUAUGGGAAUAGAAGAGUAGUUCUAUGGCCUCGUGGAAAUGGUACUCGUGGAGAAACAAUUAUUUCAAAUAUUGCUUGCUUCGGUUUAACAAUGGAUGACAAUGGUUUUCUCUAUGUCGUUGACGAGGGAAAAGCUGAAGUGAGACGAUAUAAAAUUGGUGACACUAAAGGAAUAGUGGUUGCAGGUGGCAAUGGACAAGGAAAUCGUCUCGAUCAACUCUCCGAACCCCGCUACGUAUUUGUCGAUCGAGAUCAUUCAGUUUAUGUGUCUGAAUAUGGAAAUCAUCGUGUUAUGAAAUGGAAAGAAGAUGCAAAACAAGGCAUUGUUGUAGCUGGUGGUCAAGGACAAGGAAAUAGUCUUACACAAUUGAAUGAACCUGCAAGAGUCGUUGUCGAUCAAUUGGGUACUGUCUAUGUGGCUGAUUCUUCGAAUCAUCGAAUCAUGCGUUGGCCAAAAGGAGCCAAACAAGGAAGUGUCAUUAUUGGUGGAAACGGUAAAGGAGCACAGUCGAAUCAACUCAAUUGGCCCGUCGGUUUAUCAUUCGAUCAAUAUGGCAAUCUCUAUGUUGUCGAUCUCCAAAAUCAUCGAGUACAAAAAUUUAAUAUCAAAUAUACUCGAUUCGAAUGA